AUGUCUGCAAUUAGAGAAUUUAUUUUAAGUGCAACAGAAAAAUUCUACAAUCUGCCUGCUUUAAAAGUAGAAGGCAGCAAUGAAGAUGCCUUGAUGGAUUUUCUUCACACUGCACAGACUCUUGUACUUCAAACAUACAUUGGCGUUGAUCAUAAGAUAACUUUCAUAACACCAAUACAAGGAUAUCUCAAGAAAUGUAUAAUCUUCUACAAAACAUCCAGUGUAGCUCUACUUGAGGAUGAUGCCUUAAACAAUAUAAAUAUAAUUACUAUGAGUGGUGGCGUAGCAGUAUCGUUGUACCAAAUAUUAAGACAAAUCUUUAGUCCUUUACUUACCUUGGAUGACGAUUUGUAUUCGAAUAAAGUUCAAAAAAAUCUGUUGGACUUACAAACUAACUUAAGAGUAGUUGCUCAUGGAAAAGGUGAUGAGAAUAUGAAAGUAAUAUUAUCUAUUGAUGAUGAAGUGGAAUACUGGAAAUCUUUGGGACAAAACAAAGAUGCUAAUAAAAAAGAAAGAGAAGCAGCAUCAGCAUUUUGUGUUCUAUUUGAAGAUAUUUGUGAAGAAAUUCGGUCUCUACAAUCCAGUCCUAUGCAAGAAGGAAGAGAUACUGUUGAGAAUAUCGCUGGCAUAUUAGAUGAUAUUUGGAGAUACACAGCAUUCCCAUAUUCGCAAGAUAGAAUUAUACAUGUGUUUGAUAUUAUUGGACAUGUUAUUUGCACAGUAUUACAAAAAGCAGUGUUGAAUGUUGACAUAUGGACUGUGUGCGAUGGGGUUAAAGACAACGAAAUUGUAGCGCUAUUAUCUGAAGGGCUCAAUGCAGCACAAACAUGGAUCAGCGCUUGUAACUCGCUCACUGUUACUUAUUGGCCCAAUUACGCUCUUCAUGCUUGGAAAGGGAAAUCUUAUAUUCCAAUACAUUGUAAUAAUUUUGAAGCAAGACUUAAGGAGAUACAUAACAUAAGGUCCACUUUCAAUCAGUUAAGUAAAUUACUAACAAAGAGCGAGAGAGCGGAAUUAAACACCGACAAAAUGUUCGAACCUUUUAAAAAUAUCAAUAUAUGGAUAUACAAUGACCCAAAUCAAAUAUGGGAAAACGCUUUUGCUAGAUUCUCUGCAAACUUGAGACCGACUGAGUCAAAAAUUGCUGAAAAGUUAAAGCCACGGAUGCAGAAUGCAUCGACAAAACAGAUGCUGUACGAAUUCAUGAGAUACAAAACCUUGUUGAACAGGCCAGUCGUGAAACAGGCUCUGAGCAGUGAGCUAGAAAUAUUCGUAAGCUCGCUUCUGUCUAUGCUGAAAGCCAUUCCUGCACAGUUGGACAUGGAUGAGAUAGAUGUACAAAUGUACCAACCGGCGGAGAUGUCGCCGCUGGUUCAACAAGUACAGUGGGCGAAGCAGAUGGAAGCAAAAGUUAAAGAAAUAAAGAAUUGUACCGAAAACUAUCUGGCUGAGUUCGAGAAUAGCGCUGAAGUGUUACAGUUAUCUGCUCAAGUUCUCAAAGAUCUUAAAACCAUGUACACCCAAUUACAUGAAGAAUGGUCCAGAGAUCUACAGGCAGAGGUAAAGCAAUCGACCCAAAUAUCUGAGACGAAGCCCGUGGUAGAGUUUUCGAGCAGCGACCGGCUAAUGGUUGUGAACUACGACCCCCGGCUUGUACGCGCGGAGUCAGAGGCGCGUGUGUUGGUGGCUUUAGGACUCCCCGCACCAAACCCAAACACUACGGCAGCCUUACAAGCGCUUAUUGCGCCGCUCAAGCAUGCACGAGCUUUGCAACAGGUGGCCUCGUUUCACAACACGCUGGGCGAGCGAAUGGUUCCGUCCACCCGGCCCAUGAUGCUACAGACAGCUCUUGAGCUUUCGGCGCUCGUUAGCGAUCACCAGCCGUUGUACUGGCGCCACGAGGAACAACUCGCAGUCUAUACUGAACAGUUGAAGCAAAUGGUGCUCAAGCUAGAAGGACAGAAUGUUUACCUAACUGGCCAGCAUAUAGCUAUACGUAGUAUAGUUGAAAAACUAAUGGAUACAGAACUGCUGGCAAAACAAUCAGAAUGGAAGAGAGGAAUCAAAGAUAUAAGAGAAAUCAUUGAAAAGGUGGAAGCAAACGGUUACAAAAAUACUGAGAUGUGGCGAUCACAUUGGGAUCUGCAUUUAUACAAAGCUCUGGAGUGCCAGUACAUCAAAACAUUGCUGUCUUUGCAUUCUCACAUCCCGAUUGUGAGGGUGGAUUUAGUAUUACGUGGUCGCGCCGUACGUCCGUCACCACCGCUAGAAGAAAUCCGCGUUCAACACUACACACAAUUGCGGCGCCUCGUGGCUUUGCCUGCACACUUUAUGGGUCUACAGACUAAUAUUGCCGAUGACAACCCUAUUUUCGCAUCUAUAGUGCACAAGCAUAGUUGGCUGGGCAACAAAGCAGUACCACAACUGGAGGCUGCGCUAUCGGGCUUAGAGCGAAUGUGCGUCAAGUGGACGCAACGUGCGGCGUUGGGCUGCGUGCCCGACCUAGACGCGCUCUGUGCAGAACAUUUGAAGGAACCCGCAGACUGGGAGCUCAAUUUUAAGGCUUGCAAAGCAUAUGGUCAAGCGGUCGCUAAAAUGAUGUUCGAGGAUGAAAAAAUUGAAUGGAUCACUGUAGGCACGGUCACUUUGCGGCGUGAGUUCGAAGCUCAAGCGCGUAGCCUAUGGACCAGUCUCAUGGCGUCCUUGCAAACAAGCUGCCGAGAUGAUGCUUCCACCUUGGACUCGUUCAUGGCCAACGCAACGGUUAUGUUGGAGAAUAAAGCUAUGCCGAAAAACGCUAAGGAGCUGGCAGAUAUUAGUGCUAAACAACAGGCAUUGCGGAUCAAAAUGCCGGAGAUGGAGAAAAUGGUGGAAAGCUUAAAACGCAAAGGACAUUUGUUGCGGACUUGGGGCGGCGACUCGACUCUAGAUAGUACAUUUCGUGAGUGGCACAAAUUGCAUGAACAGAUGCUCAGCCAACAGCAGAUGUUCGAACAUCAGGCGGAAAUCGUGAAGUCAAGUCUAACUGGCGAAUGGAAGAAUUUGCAAAGUGGCGUUGAAGCUUGGGUGUCGCGCUGGAGUCAAGCUAAAGUCCGUCUCGAAGACACCCGCGACGCAACUUAUGAGCAGAUUGUAGAAAGGUGUCGCUCUGUUCUGGACGCCGCGGAACAUUGCGAUAAACUUAUAUCCGAGAAGCAGGAGUUGAUGGUGGAGUGUGAAAAGUUUAACACACAGACUGAAUCGUCUGAAUCGUGGGCAGAAGCGGAAUCAUUAAAAACAGAAUUGCUUCAUCUAUGGACUACAUUUAAAGAUUACGACGACGAAUUUAAAACACUUGGAGAACAAGAGUGGGUGGUUUUUCAGAAAAAAAUGCAUCUACUCGACGACUUUAUAAUGCAGUGGAGUGCCAAACUUGAGCCGUAUACAUCAAUUACUCUGUUCAUAAAACAAGAACUGGAUAAUUACACUGAUUUAACAACAUCAUUAAAGUACUUGCGGGGAUCUGAUUUCACGGAGAAGCACUGGCGAGAGGUGUUUAGCCUUGUGGAACUGGAUUACGUGAAGCCAGAAACGCUACAACUCAAACAUUUACUGAGCGUGUCACUUAAUAUAAAGAAGAAUAUAAAAGCCCUGCAGAAAAUAAGCAGUUCAGCAUCUAGCGAAGCGUCAGUGAGGAGCGCUCUCAACGAACUAGAACUAUGGUAUGCCUCGGCCCGUUUCACCGUCAUCUAUUACACGGACAAAUCCAAACGGCUUACACCAAUCGUGAAAGAUUUUAAGGAUUUACUAGCUAAGGUGGAAGAGCAGCAAUGGGUUAUGUCGUCGCUGGGCACGGAGUGUGCAUCCUGCGCGACGUGGGAUGCACGUCUACAGGCCGCCAGGCGUCUAGUUCGCUCGGCGCAUUAUGCCCAACGCAGGUAA